CUGCAGGUGGUUCCGAGCGCGGAGCUCGAGCUCGUGAACCGCCUCGGCGGCGGCGCGUUCGGGGAGGUGCACUUGGCGCUGUGGCGCGGGAGCGAAGUCGCGGUGAAGGGGGAUAAGCGCGCGUCCGCGGCGGCGUCGCGGGAGAUGGAGUCGUUCCUUCGCGAGGCGCACACGAUGGCGGCGCUGCAGCACCCGAACGUGGUGUUCAUCUACGGCGUCGUGAACGACGGCGAACGGUUGGGGAUCGUCGAGGAGUUCAUGUCGAGCGGGUCGCUGCGGCGGUUGCUGAACCUGCACCAACGCGACCGGCCGUCGAAAAACGUGCUCGGCGCGAAGCUCCGAGCGAGGUGCGCGUUGGACGUCGCGCGAGGCAUGGCGUACCUGCACUCGAAGCGUUUCGUGCACUUCGAUCUGAAGUGCGACAACGUCCUCACCGCGCGACGAGGCGCGAAGCUGCAGUGCAAGGUGUGCGACUUUGGGCUCUCGAAACGACGCCGGUCGCACGCGUCGUUCGUCAGCGGCGUCAACUCGCACCGCGGGACGUUGCCGUGGACGGCGCCGGAGCUGUUGAACGCGCCGACGAGGGCGUCUGAAAAGGUGGACGUGUACUCGUUCGCGGUGCUCAUGUGGGAGCUGUGGACCGGGGCGUAUCCGUACGCGGGCAUGCACGAGCAGACGAUCAUGUGCGGGAUCAUGAUGCGCUCGCUGCGGCCGGACGUCGCGGACGGGGAGAACCCCGCGGGGUCGCCCGUGAACGGGUGGAAGUCUCUCAUGUUUGAGGCGUGGCGGGAUAAGCCGGAGGAGCGGCCGAGUUUCGAGGAGAUCGUGAAGCGGUUAGAGGGGAUG